AUGCAAACCACUCGCCGCAUCAUGAGUCGUGCACUGUACCUCGGCCUGGGGUUGAAGGCGUCCGCCAUCGAUCAACAGGCUCAGGUGGUGUACACGUCCGCCAUCAAAUACGACCAUGAUCUUCCAGAAUACAACACAACGCAGGGCGUCCACGACCGCGGAAACGCGCGUGUCACCACCCCUACCCUCAUGUUGGCGCAUGCACUGGAGCUCCUCUUUACAAAGAUGAAGAACGAUGCGUUCCCCUUUCACGAGGUCGUCGCUGUCUCAGGCAGUGGACAACAACAUGGCAGCGUCUACUGGGCGCAAGGCGCGCAUGCGAAACUGUCCAAGCUCUCGGCAGAGACGCCGCUGCAGGAACAGCUUCGCGGUUGCUUCAGCACGAAGGAUUCACCCAUCUGGAUGGACUCAAGCACUACCGCGCAAUGCAGGGCGUUGGAAGCGGCCGUGGGCGGUGCGCAGGAAAUGGCGACGCUGACGGGAUCGCGUGCGUAUGAGCGCUUCACCGCCAACCAAAUUCUCAAGAUAAAGGAGGAGCAACCGGACGUUUUUGCCCGCACAGAACGCAUUUCCCUUAUCAGCAGCUUCAUGUGCUCGCUGCUGCUUGGGAAUUACGCGCCCAUUGACACCAGUGACGCGGCCGGCAUGAACCUCAUGUCGCUCAAGACGCUUGUGAUUGCGGACGUGUUUGGGUGCGACGUGUAUGCAUCUGCACAAUCAGACUCCGCCUCGCUUGGCGCAGCGUAUCGCGCCAAGCACGCCGACGUGUGCAACCUCCACGGCCAGUUUGUCCCCUUCCAAAGCGCAAUCCUCGACCUGGCCUGCCGGCCCAACAGCGACAGUGCGGGCAAGACUGAGGACCGCAGCCAUCUACACGCCUGCGACCCUCGCAGCGCCCAGCACAAGAUUGCCACGCCAAACAUGGGCAACUUUGAUGCAUAUACAAGCAUGCUGUCAAGGUACGCGGAGCUUGAGGCCAAGGUUGUGCAAGAAGCAGCAGCAAGAGAUGGCGCUUCUUGAGACCCCGCCAGGGCUGCAGGGGGACAUUCGCAAAGCAUGUGGAGCUGUUGUUACAUUGCCCCAUUCACAUCGUUGUAGCGCGCACCCUGAAAUGAACACGUUCAUCAACAAAG